GGCAAGUCGCGCUGCUGCAGGCCGUCGCGAUUGUCCUGCUGCACUGUCUCGUCGGCCCGAGUCAUGCGUCUGCUAUGGCUCACUCUGGCAGCAGCGAUAGCGACAGCAAGAGCUGACAAGGUCGCCAAAUUUGAGAGCCUAGCACGAGCCAAUGGGGGCGUCGUCAAGCUGACAUCAGCAAGCUAUGACGAGCUCGUGGCUUCACCUCGCAACUAUUCUGCCAGCGUCAUCAUCACUGCCCUAGGCCCCCAGUUCUCCUGCAAGCCUUGCCAGAUCUUUGACGGCGAACAUCGACUCGUUGCACGAUCGUUCCAAGGCGUCAGGUCGGCCGUCCAUCCCCAUUUCUUCGGCGUGCUCGACUUUGAAGAUGGCCAAGAGAUCUUCAGAAGGCUGCAAUUAUCGACUGCACCGAACGGAUUGCUAUACUAUCCCACCGAGGGACCAGAGGCAAAGCCGCUCGCCAAGCCAGACACGUACGAAUUCAACAGAAACGGACCGACAGCUGAACCCUUUGCUGCUUUCCUCAACGCGCGACUUGGCGUCCAUAUACCCUUUAGGAGGCCGCCAGACUAUAACAAGAUCGGCAGUCUCGUCGUCAUCUUCGUCGGCGUCAUCGGCUUGUCCUUCUCUUUCUGGCCACACGUCAAGCUCAUCCUCAGUUCAAAAGCGCUCUGGUCUGCCACGACGAUCGCGUCGAUUUUACUCUUUACUUCUGGACACAUGUGGAACCAGAUCAGGCACCCCUUGUGGGCAGGAGGUCAGCCGGGCAAGAUCGAAUACGUCCAGGGAGGAUUCUCGAGCCAGUACGCUGUCGAGACCCAGAUCGUCAUGGGCCUCUAUGGCUUGCUCGCAUUCUCGGCGUAUACGAUCGGGGUGACCUUGCCCAAAGUGCAAGACCCGCUGAGGCAGAGACUGGGCGUCUAUGUCUGGCUGGGCAUCUUCCUGGUCGUCUUUGGGGCUCUCAUGGGUAUCUUCAGGAUCAAGAACCCAGGCUACCCGUUCCACUUUAUCUUUUGAUGAGACAACAGACAAAAGGCGUUGUACAGGCCAGCGCGAUGCAUAGACUUACAAGAAUCUGCGCAUGGGAUCAGAGGAGACACUCACUUCUUCGGCCGUCUGCUCGCCCAUGGGCACAUCUCGCAUGCCCUGCAUAUC